AUGAGAUCACAACCACCCUCUAAGUCUAACCCUUCUUCCAACACUUACAUAGUUUUCUCCAAACUAAUGGUCUCAAUCAUAACAACAACCUUAUUUGUAACCUUGUUCCUUGUUCAUGUCUCUUCUUCUUGUAACCAAUUUGACAAAGAUUCACUCUUGUCUUUCUCUUCGAAUAUCUCAACUUUAUCACCUCACCCACCUCUUAACUGGUCUUUUACCUCUGAUUGUUGUGAUUGGGAAGGUGUAACUUGUGAUCAAAAUAAUCAACAUGUUACUCAUCUUUUGUUACCCUCUAGAGGUCUCAAUGUUCUUGAUUUGAGUUACAAUCGUUUCUCCGGUGAACUGCCACUUUGGAAUGGAACCAGAAAUAGCAGUGUUGUUGUUCAGGUGUUUGAUUUGUCUAGUAAUUCAUUCAAUGGAACAUUGCCUGUUUCUCUGAUUCGGAAUCUUGCUGAAGGAGGUAAUUUGAUAUCUUUCAAUGUUAGUAACAACAGUUUCACAGGUCAUAUUCCAGUUUCAAACUUUUAUGUUGGUAUAGAUAAGAGUUCUUCUUUGAGAUUCUUGGAUUUUUCUUCCAAUGAUUUUGACGGUGCUAUUCAGACUGGUUUAGGUGCAUGUUCUAAGUUUGUGAGGUUUAUAGCAGGUUUCAAUCUACUAUCAGGGAAUAUCCCAAUUGAUGUUUAUGAUGUUGUUUCACUCAUUGAAAUAUCAUUGCCAUUGAAUAAAAUUGAUGGAACAAUUGGUGAUGGAAUUGUUAAUCUUGCAAAUCUCACAGUUUUAGAGCUUUACUCCAAUCAGUUGACAGGUUCUAUUCCUAAGGAUAUUGGUAAGCUUUUGAAAUUGGAAAAAUUGCUUCUUCAUGUCAACAAUUUGACUGGUACGAUUCCGCCGUCUUUUAUGAAUUGUAACAAUCUCGUUGUGUUGAAUUUGAGGGUUAAUAGAUUGGAAGGAAAUCUAUCGGCAUUCAAUUUCUCCGGAUUGGUCAGGCUUGCUACGCUUGAUCUUGGUAACAAUAGGUUUACUUGUGUGUUACCGCCGACUCUUUAUGAUUGUAAGUCGCUUGCUGCAUUGAGGCUUGCGUCUAAUCAGAUUGAGGGACAGGUUUCGUUUGAGAUACUUGGACUCGAGUCUCUCUCGUUCUUGUCGAUGUCUGAUAACAAGCUGAAGAAUAUCACUGGUGCUCUUAGAAUACUCACUGGUCUCAAGAAGCUUAGUACCCUUAUGCUCUCCAAGAAUUUUUACUAUGAAGUAAUGCCGAACAUGAUAGAACCUGAUGGAUUCCGAAAUAUCCAAGUUUUAGGAUUAGGUGGCUGUAAUUUCAUAGGUCAAAUACCGAGUUGGCUUAAAAACCUGAUGAAACUCGAGGCCUUGGAUCUUUCGUUUAAUCAAUUCAAUGCGGCUGUUGAAGGAGUGAAUAAGUUGGCAACAGGUGAUCCAAUUUCAUUAUCAGAACAAGAACUUGUGGACUGUGAUAUAUCAUAUAAUGAAGGAUGCAAUGGAAGACUUAUGGACUAUGCCUUUGAGUUCAUCAUCAAUAAUGGUGGCAUUGACUCUGACGAGGAUUAUCCCUACAAGGCUAUUGAUGGUAGAUGUGAUCAAAAUAGGAAAAAUGCUAAAGUUGUUUCAAUUGAUGACUAUGAGGAUGUUCCGGCUUAUGAUGAAGGUGCUUUGAAAAAGGCUGUUGCAAAUCAGGUUAUCGCCGUUGCUGUUGAAGGAGGUGGUAGAGAAUUCCAGUUAUAUGAAUCUGGUGUCUUUACAGGAAGAUGUGGAACAGCACUAGACCAUGGUGUUGCAGCGGUUGGAUACGGGACAGAAAACGGUAAAGAUUAUUGGAUAGUUAGGAAUUCAUGGGGUGGUAGUUGGGGAGAAGCCGAUUACAUCAGACUCGAACGUAAUCUUGCUUCGAGCAAAUCCGGAAAGUGUGGAAUUGUGAUUGAGCCAUCAUAUCCAAUAAAAAAUGGUCGGAAUCCCCAGACUAACUCCGAGUUUAAUGAGAAACGCGAGUGA